AUUAACAGGGUGCCCUCAGUUGGCACCACGACCUCAGUUUUACCCCUAGCGCCGAAUCGACCUCAGUUUUGCCCCUAGUCAGUGCGCAAGGACUGCUUUGGCUGCUUCCACCGUUACUUUCAGCCCCCCGUUAGAAUCCUGACCUGUGGGACCCAACAUAGAACCGUUGGCACGGCCUGUGGGCCCCAGCAGUUGAGCGUUGGCGCAGCUUGUGGGCCCAGCUGUUGACCGUUGGCGCGGUUUGUGGGCCCCAGCUGUUGACCGUUGCUUGCGGCCGGCGGUUGAAAAGCGGCGGAGCUCGCGGCGGUGAGCAGGAAAUCAGCCGAGCUUCUCAGGCAGCGCGUCCCCUUCUUCUCCGACGGCAUGUCGUCGACCUCUGCUUCCGAAUCGCCCUCUAGAUGGCCGCGCUUCGGGCCAGUUCCGCUGGGGAGAUGCCCUACCUGCCCACGGACGGCGUCCCUGCAUCGGCAGGUCACCGCGAGCGACAAGAACGGCAACCGCGGGCGUGAAUAUGUGAAAUGCGAGAGCAAAGAACAGCUUGGGGAGGAUCUUCUUCCAUGUGACCAUUUCGAGUGGCUUGAGGACUACAUAAAGAGGAUUCAAAAGGAGGACAAAAAAAAGGUGCCCAAUUUGCUACCGGUGGUGGAGCAAUUGGGAUCUGCUACGGUGCACAAUGGGGUGCAGAAGGACGAGUUCAAGAAGAUGGCAAAACAGAUGGAGACUCUUGUCGGUCUAAAGAAGCAGAGCAAUAUGAUGGCUGCAUUUUUUUAUUUAUGUGCAAUUGUUCUUGGAAUUGUGUAUUUGAAGAUCAUUAGUCAAAAAUAAUGUAGUUAGUGUUGUAGUUAGCUUGACAUGGUCAAUUUGAGUAUGGCUAAGACUUGGAAUAAAUGCGUCAGGAAUCCAGCCCUGAUUUGGUUUGUUUCAGUUCGUUUUCAGUUCAGUUCAGUUUUCAGUGUUCAGUUCA